GGCGGAGCGGGGCGGGACGGGCGGAGCGGGCGCUCGGUGCCGCUCUCGCCAUGCGGGUGCUGCUGCUCCCGGCGCUGCUGCUCCCGGCGCUGGCCGCCGCGCGGGGCGCCGCCACGGUGCUGGGUGAGGCAGACCAGGUCCGGAUGACCUCGGAGGGCUCCGACUGCCGCUGCAAGUGCAUCCUGCGGCCGCUCAGCAAGGACGCGUGCAGCCGCGUCCGGAACGGCAGCAUGCGCGUGGAGGACUUCUACACGGUGGAGACAGUGAGCUCGGGGGCCGACUGCAAGUGCUCCUGCACCGCCCCCCCCUCCUCCCUCAACCCCUGCGAGAACGAGUGGAAGAUGGAGAAGCUGAAGAAGCAGGCGCCCGAGCUCUUCAAGCUGCAGUCCAUGGUGGACCUGCUGGAGGGAACGCUCUACAGCAUGGACCUCAUGAAGGUGCACUCCUACAUCAACAAGGUGGUGGCUCAGAUGAACACACUGGAAGAGACCAUCAAGACCAACCUGAGCAGGGAGAACGACUUCAUGAAGGAGAGUGUCCUGCACCUCACUGACCAGAUGAAGCGCUAUGAGAACUACUCUGACAUCAUGAUCAGCAUCAAGAAGGAGAUCUCCAACCUGGGCUACCAGCUGCUGCAGAAGGAUGCUGCUGCUAUUCCUGAGAGCAAGGCACAGGACACAGCAGGAGGACGAGAGAAGGAGGCAGGACGGUUCCCCAACACCCGCAAGGCACUGGGGGACAGGGCGCCCCCCCGAGCACCCAAGGAGAAACAGCUGAAGCCCGAGAAGCCCAAAAAGGAUACCCCAAAGGCCAGGGGGGGGUCACAACCUACACCCAAGCCCAAGCCACCAGCACACCAGCAAACCGUGGUCCGAGGCAUCACUUACUACAAGGCCAAGCAGGCAGGAGCAGCGGAGGGGCCGGCCAGCAGCCGAGAGAGCCCUGCGAGGGGGAUGGCUGUGGUGGAGCAUCAGGAAGAGAAGGACCCACCAGCUGAGGGGACCCCAGCCCAAGCCAUUGCACAGGCAGAGACCACCAUGCCCAGCACCACGGCUGCACCCAGCACGGCCCUGGCCCCCCGCACCACUGCCCGCAGCCCCCCUGCCACUGCCCUGGGCCAGGGGGCUGACAGCAGUGGGGGCCCUGAAACACCAAACAGAGUGAAAGAGGUGGAGUGUGAAGGCACCAUCGAGUCGGUGGAGCCCCCCACAGAGCACCACAGCUAUGGGCGCAACGAGGGGGCCUGGAUGAAGGACCCAGCGGCCAAGGAUGACCGAAUCUACGUCACCAACUACUACUACGGCAACAGCCUGGUGGAGUUCAGGAGCCUCGACAGCUUCAAGCAGGGCCGCUGGAGCAAUCUCUACAAGCUGCCCUACAACUGGAUAGGCACUGGGCACGUGGUGUACCAGGGGGCCUUUUACUACAACCGUGCCUUCACCAAGAACAUCAUCAAGUAUGACCUGAAGGAGCGGUACGUGGCGGGCUGGGCGCAGCUCCACGAUGUGGUGUAUGAGGACACGACACCCUGGAAGUGGAGGGGCCACUCGGACAUUGACUUCGCUGUGGAUGAGAGCGGGCUCUGGGUCAUCUACCCCUCCAUGGACUACGACUACUCGCAGCAGGAGGUGAUCGUCCUGAGCCGACUCGACCCUGGGGACCUCUCUGUGCGCAGGGAAACCACCUGGAAGACAGGGCUGAAGCGCAAUGCCUAUGGGAACUGCUUCAUCAUCUGCGGCAUCCUCUAUGCUGUGGACACCUACAACCAGAAGGAAGGGCAGAUCUCCUACGCCUUUGACACGCACACGGACACGGAGGCAGAGCUCCGGCUGCCCUUCCUCAACCAGUAUGCCUUCACUACGCAGGUCGACUACAACCCCAAGGAGAAGGUGCUUUACGCCUGGGACAACGGCCAUCAGAUGACAUACGGGCUCCGCUUCGUGGUCUGAGACCCCGGCCGGGUAUGCAGAGGGUGGGCACAGGAGCGCAGCAAGAGCCCAGCUUCCAUCCCAAACCCCUCCCAUCCGCUGUGCCCAUCACCUGCACCGUGCCCGUUGCAUUGCGGGGCAGGAGAUGCAGGUCUGCGCACCCCAGCAGACACCCCCAUGACAACGUGGCCUCUGGGGCCACGGGGCUGCCCUACAGCUGGCAGCUUGGGCAGCGUUGCCUUCCCGGGGACACAGGAGAGGAGCUCAGCCCUGUGUCCCCGCAGCACCGGGAGGCAGCCAUGCCUGUGCCAGCGGCAACACGGCAGCACCCACCCCGUGCCACCGCACCAUGCACCCGCCUGCGCUGCACCCAGCCUGCUGCAGCCCGUGUUGGCUGCACACUCACCCUCACCGCCCGCUGCCAGCGGUGUGAAUGCCGUUAACCUAACCCAGUGUGGGCUGCUGGGCACUGUGCCCUGGCCUGCACUGAGCUGCCAUGGGGCAGGCAGGGCCCCCUCGCCGCCAGGGCAGGAGGAGCAGCCGCCAAUUGCUAUUUUAGGAGACGUGAUUAAGAUGCCUUUGCUUUUGCUGCUCAUUAGCUUAUUAUUUAAAUGCAUUCACCUGAGCUGUGCCGAGUCCCCUCUCUGGCAGUGGGCACAGAGCAGCCUGCCCGCAGUGCCGGGGUGCCCUGCUUGCACCCUGCCUGCACCCAGCAGCAGGCAGGGAGGAGGUAUGCUUGGCUGCUCUGUGCCUAAGGCACGGUGAGGGCUCAGGAGCGCUUGGCUUGGUUUUGGUCAUUUUAGACAUGAACAGUAUUAAAAACAUAACAGAUGUGAAACCAG